AUGUCUGCUACCAGGUACCGUCGGUUCCUGAAGCUGUGCGAGGAAUGGCCCCGAGACGAGGCCAAGAAAGCACGGGAUUUGGGAACAUUCCUGCGACAGAGGGUGGCCUCGGCCUUCCGCGAGGGUGAAAACACGCAGAUCUCCGAUCCAGAGAAGUGUGACCUCAUGUAUGAAAGCUUGGCCCGUAUUAAUGGUAAUUUCUACAGACAACGAUUCCCCCGUGUAAGAGACACAAGCUUCACUGGAGUUACAGCAGAGGAGUGUAAACUGCUUCUGUCAGGAAAUGUGCAGCAGAUGGACGAGGAAAAAAAGGGUUUGUGGACGACGUUAAUGCAGAAGUUCUCCAAAUCACCAGAAGAUGUUCCAGAAAAAACUCCUGAAAAAUAGCACUUUCUCUCUCACUCUUUUCUUUUCUCUUUACACACAUGGAAAUAAAGUUUAUUGUUGUUGAUUCUA